GUGUAGUUUUGCAUAAAGCAAACGGGACAUUUUACAUGGAUACAGCUACUGUUACAUGUGACGCCUGGUAUCAAACCAGGAACAAUACAAUAACCGGUCAGAUAUCUGGAGAAUGGGAAACAACGAUAUGUGAAGAUUGCUACUUGACGACACCAUGGGAGUAUACUGGGAAACGGAAUACAACAGUCACAGGAAUGCCGUGUCACCGAUGGGAUUCACCUGAGGCAAUGAUUCAUGGUUAUACUGAUCUUCAAUACUUCCCCGAAUCGACAUUGUCGGAGGCUGAGAACUUUUGUAGAAACCCAGACAGUUGGGAUUAUGAGCCAUGGUGCAUCACAACAAAUGAAAAUGCUCCAAAUUAUUGGGAAUAUUGCGAUAUAAAGAAAUGUUAAUGGAAUUAACUAGACCAAUAUAAAGUGUGAAUUUUAACAUGCGCUUCAAAACAUUUUAUCUUUCGAGAAUCCAAUGAUGUCACAGUAGACUCUAUCACAAUGGACUUAUUCAUUUUUACUUUAUUUUCAUCUCAGAUUUUUUGACUUUUAUUCGCUAGAUACAUAAUUUUGAACGACAGUAUUCAAUAUUUUAAUAAGAAAAUUUAUAACUAAGGCUAUUAAGUUCGAGAAAUUAGAGUGCUGCAGAUUACAAUACUGUUGUUUAUACGGAGUUACAAAAUGUUGCAGUUUUACAAUUAUAAUUUAUUUUCUAUUUUUAUUAA